AUGGCGGACGGGGUCGAGAUCGUGGACCCGCCGGCCGCGCCCGAGAGCGGGGCGACGUGCCCCAUCUGCAUGGACACGCUCGGAGCGCCCAUCAACAUACGCGUGACGAAGCGCCGCAAGAAGGUCCCGGUCGCGGACGAGGACUGCUGGCGACUCCGCUGCAGCCACCAGUACUGUAUUGGCUGCCUCUCGGGCUGGAUCGAGAGCAAGGUCAAGGACCGCGCGGCUCCCAUCACGUGCUGCAACACGGACUGCAAGCGAGAGAUCCGCCCGAGUCACGUCGCGGCCGUCAUCUCGCCCGAGCUCUUUGAGCAGUUUAGCCAGCUCGUGACGGUCAAGGCCACGGAAGACGAGAGCAUCUACUGUCCCAAUAAAGAGUGUAGCCAGAUGUUCCUCAAGCCGGCGAUCCGAGCGGGGCAGGAGCAGACGUCGUGCCCGAUCUGCAAGACCAAGAUUUGCAUCCGGUGUCAAGUGGGCUGGCACGACGGGCUCACGUGCGACGCGUACAAGCGCAUGGUGGACGCCGGCGGCGACCAAGAGCAAGCCCAGCUCAUGGCGCUCAAAGAAAAGAUGAGCUGGAAGCAGUGUCCCAAGUGCAGCAUGCUCGUCGAGCGCUCGAUGGGCUGCAACUUUAUGCGUUGCAAAUGCGGCGAACACUUUUGCUAUGCGUGCGGGGUACCCUAUGCGAACCGGAUCCCGACCCGGGAGAACCCCCACGGAAAGUCUGGCUGCAGCUGCGGGUUGUUUCCGCCGGCCGCGCCGGCCGCACCGGCCGCACCGAUCGACCGCGCUGCCGUCGCCCGCGAGCGCGAGCGAAUGGCGCAACGUCUCUUGGAGGUCGAACAAAUGCUUCGCGCCCGUGUUGCCGCCGAGGCCGCCGAACGCGCUGCCGCAGCGGAACGGCAGGUCGUGCGAAGCGUGAUCGAGCGCGACGCGCGCGUUCAGCGUCAAGUGGCGCAGCUGCCGCGGCACGACCUCGCCCACGUCGCGCGCGUGGCACAAGCCCACGGCAUUCCCAACGACUGGCGCCACAACUUGCCCGAGGUGCCGCACGCCUUUCCGAACGCCGCGCCGGUGCCCGUUAUGCCAAAUACGAAAGCCAAAGGCAAGGCGCCGCUCCUGAGUCGUCGCCAUGACGUGCUCGCGCCUGCGCCCAUGGCGCUUCGCUCCCACGCAGCUUCGGCGCCCGCGACAAAAAAGAAGAGUAUGUCCAAAGCACACAAGAGAAUCAAGCUGCCGCCUGUUGUCGGUCAUCUCGACGCUCCGCGUCCCGACCUUGGAGCGGCCGGUCCUGCGAUAGAUUACUCGUCGCCAUUUCCCGCCCAGAGUCCAUUUUGCGGCUCCGCAGCCACGAGCUGCCCGAAUUACCCACCAGCCAUCGUCUGCAGUGCCGUCAGCCAGGCGCGCUCUGCGCAGCAUUAUGCCCCGCCUUCUGUGCCCCUGUUUGUGGCCGCGGCAGCCCCCGAGCCCCGUGCUGUCCGAUUUGCCCGCCAGCCACCGCCUGCGAUGGUGGCAACAGCCCGGCGCUCUCAUGGCAUGCCAGCGCAUCUCCUACAAGGCCAACCCAUGCCUGUUGCGGCGCCGCAGCCAGAGCGGAAGCGACCUGCACUGCAAGCACCGAACUACGCGCCUCCCAUGACCGCCCCUGCCAAUGGCAAGGCGCCCAAGUCGCGGCGAGCAGGCAAGCGGACGAUUUUGGACGUGAGCAUGGACUCGCCGACACCGCCCCGCGCCAAGACAAAGAGACCCGAUACGUAG